AGUGUCUAAUGAUAAUAAUAAUCAGCUUAAUUUAUUAAAAAAUAUAAAGUUAUGCUUAUUCUGAAACUUAUCAUUGCCUGUCGACGGGCAGUUCGACCAACAUGUAUAAGUUAUGUUUUGUUAUUUGUCUGUUCUUUUACUCCGUCGCGGCUAAACACGAGCAGUAUGAAGGUCAUGCCCUCUAUAAUGUGCACAUAAGGUUUACCGAUCAAAUCGACGUCCUUAAGACUGUGGAAGCCAAAUAUAACCUGGACAUCUGGUCAUAUGCUGCACAGGACAGGCCUGAAGUUGUCCUCGUUCCUAGGGUCCUAAGGGAGACGGUUGAAGAUGAAUUGCAAGAAGCAGGAAUGGAAUUCGAGGUUCAAGUGGAAAAUAUUAAGGAGAAACUAGACCUUGAAGAUACCCUCUUAGCAUCUGCGGCAGCGUCCUCUAAAAGCAACAGGUCCAGAUCUGUCGUCGAAGGUCUAUCAUUCGACGUUAUCCAUACGUUUGAAGUGGUUGACCAGUAUCUCGUAGACCUCGCUAACGCAUACCCCGAUAAGGUCACUCUCAGGUCAGCAGGAAAGAGUGUCGAAGGCAGGGAUAUCAAGUACUUGAGGAUUUCCACUAGCAACUUCGAGGACAGACGCAAGCCCAUAGUAUUUGUACAGUCACUCCUCCACGCUCGUGAGUGGGUCACUCUGCCCGCUACCCUGUACGCUAUCAAGAAGCUGGUGCUCGACGUCACUGAACAAGACCUAGUGAGGGAUGUAGACUGGAUCAUCAUGCCUAUUGCCAACCCAGAUGGAUAUGUUUUCUCCCAUACCAAUGACCGUUUCUGGCGUAAGAACCGCGCCAGAGGCUUCAUGGUUGACGACAUUUGCAUGGGUGUCGACCUGAACCGUAACUUCGACAUUUUCUGGGGCACUAUAUCUAGCAACGACGCCUGCGACAAGUCUUUCCACGGCAGAGGACCCUUCUCCGAACCUGAGAGCGCCGCCAUCAGAGACGUCUUCGCCGAAUACAGCAAUCGCAUCGAAGUAUACUUGGACAUACACAGUUUCGGAAGUAUGAUACUCUUUGGCUUUGGUAACGGUGCUCUGCCUCCGAACGCCUUAGUCAUGAACCUUCUUGGAGUAAGAAUGGCCACUGCCAUUGAUGCCGUGAAAUGGCCUCAGCAUAGAAACUACGUCGUUGGUAAUAUCGUUCAUGUUUUAGGCCACGUCUCUGGUUGUACCUCUGAUUAUGCCACGACUAUCGGCAUUCCAUUCGCCUAUACCUACGAGUUACCAGCUUACAAUAUGAUUCAUGGUGUGAUGGUAGGCUUCUUAGUAGACCCGGCGUUUGUUGAGCAAGCUGGAUUUGAGACGUGGGAAGGUAUUAAAGUAGCCGCUCGGUUUGCUGCUGAGAGUUGGAGCAGGCGUAAUAGGCAAUAGAUCUUGGACUGAAUAAAUACGGAUAUAAAUGUUG